AGUCUUUUCCAUGGGGAACCAAUUUUCUCUGAUUCUCAACCCUGCCUCCUUCUCCUCCUCUCCUCUCUUCUCUUCUUUGAUUCGAUGGCCGUCAAUCUGGGGAAAUUGUCUCUGUUACUAGAUGUGGCGUCGCCGCGGGGUGUGAUACUGGAGCGGAAGGCUCGAACGGUGGCUCUGGACGUCAUUUUGAGCUUGCCCAAGAGAGAUUGUCACGCCUACUGCGCUUCUGUUUCAUCUAAGGGUUUUGACUACGAUGGAGAAGCUCGGAACAGAGUCGUGGCUCGUGGAAAGUCAAAUUCAGAGGUAAACGGUGUUGAUUUUGAUGCGGAGUCUAGUGAUGAAGAGAACAACGAGAACGGGCUUGAUGAGGAGUCUUAUGAUUGGGAGACGCAAUUGCGGAUGAGACUGAAGGAGCUCGAGGAGAGAAGAGAGCUAGAGAAGAAAGCUGAGGAAUUGCAGAGUCGGAUGGACGAUGAUGAAGGGGAAGGAGGGGAAGAGACGGAGGAAGAGAAGAGGAUGAGAGUCAGAAAAGAGCUUGAAAAGGUGGCUAAGGAGCAGGCGGAGAGGAGAGCCACGGCUCAGCUGAUGUUUGAAUUGGGUCAGAAAGCUUAUGGGAAGGGUAUGUAUGGACGUUCCAUAGAGUUUCUUGAAGGCGCACUUACGAUUAUUCCCAGACCUACAUUGUUUGGUGGUGAGAUACAGAUAUGGCUUGCUAUGGCUUAUGAAGCCAACAACCGCCAUGCGGAUUGCAUAGCUCUGUACCAGCAAUUAGAGAAGAAACACCCUAGCCUCAGCAUCCGACGUCAAGCUGCAGAUCUUCGCUACAUUUUGCAAGCACCAAAGCUCAAGAUAUCCCAAGAGGAAAUGGUGACCAUACCUUUGAUUGGUUCUAGUUAUGACAGCUAUGCUGGAACAUGGAGUGAUAAAUACAAGGACAAGGAUAAGAAUAGAAGCGGGACAGUGACCAAUCAGCUUCCAUCAACGAGAGACUAUCUGGCAGACUUCCUUGUAUGGCGGCCGCCGGUAGGAUUGGAGAAAAAUCGAGCCUUCUGGGUUGGUCUGACAAUAUGGCUGGGAUUAGUUGGAGCUGCACUCGUUCUUCACAGAUGAAUACGUAUGCAGUUUGAAUUGCACGGCUUGUGAUGUAUUUAUUCAGAAUAUUUUGUAAGGUUCUGGUUCUUGCAUGUUGUAAAAUUAUUGUAUGUAUAUGUAGUAUCGAGUAUAUAAUUUAGUGAAGUGGCUAAAAGUAUAUAUUUUAUUAAAAUUUCCUCUUCAUGAGAUUAUUGUUAAGGGCAUUUUUCAUAGUAUUGUGUUUAGGUGCUUCUUAACGUGAAAUCAAGCCCGUAUUUAGUUGAUGAAUUUUUUAAUUUCGAUUGGACUA